AAGCCACCGUGACAUUUAAUUCGUGAUGCCGCAGUGCCCACUAUUCAUCGCGGGAGUAAAAUGAACAUGAGGGGUUGAGGGGCAACUUGUUAUAUUAUUUAUAGUGGUGCUCUCCCAUGUAUCCAAAUUCUUCUUCUUUUUUGACAAAGUAUACACUUUUUAGCACAUCAUCUAUUCAAAAUGACACAUAAAAAAUUCAAUGUGGGAGUAAUUGGCUAUGGGUAUGUACUCUCCCUCAAGAUCUCCUCUGACGUAGACUAACUGAAGCUCAUAGCAUGUCAGCCAAAGUCUUCCACAUUCCACUCAUUCUUGCUACUCCAUCCUUCAAUUUGCACUCAAUUGUCCAGCGAACCCCUAAGCCAAAUGACGAUGCCUCCAAAGAUCAUCCGGAAGCAAAAAUCUACAAUUCCGCAGAUGCUAUGUUUGCAGAUUCGGCAAUUGAUAUCAUUGCCAUAACGACAACUCCCGAGACACAUUACCCCUUCACGAAAGCCGCCUUGCAAGCGAAUAAACAUGUUUUGGUUGAGAAACCAUUCGUGCCUACAUCUGCAGAAGCUUCGGAGCUUAUUUCUAUAUCCAAGGAGACUGGAAAGUUCAUUUGCGUAUAUCAGAAUAGAAGAUGGGAUUCGGAUUUUUUGACUGUUAAGAAUUUGAUGGGCAGUGGCGCGUUGGGAAGGGUAGUCGAAUUUGAGACACAUUUUGAUAGAUAUAAGGGCGAGAAACCUGCGACCUGGAAGGGCACAUUAACCAUGGAGGAUGCUGGAGGUGUGGUGUAUGAUCUUGGAACACAUUUGAUUGAUCAAGCAUUUUGCUUAUUUGGCCUGCCGAAGACAGUCACAGCGAUCUUUGCAAAUCAAAGAGCUGAUGGCUCAGCAGAACCAGAUAGUAUGACAAUUAUGCUGGGUUAUGGCGCAGAGGGACCGUUAGUAACCGCAAAGGCUGGGGUAAGCAUCCAUCAAAUUUUUUUCGUUACUACUCUCUUUGAAAAUAUUCUGAUCAUUAACUUCUGUAGGUUAUGUGUGUCGAAGAAGAGCAGUUACGAUACUGGGUCCGAGGAUCACAAGGCAGCUUUAAGAAGUACCAUCUCGAUGUUCAAGAAGACCAACUGAAGGCCGGUCUUAAACCCGGUGAUGCUGGCUUCGGUGUUGAACCAGAAGAUAGAUCCGGGAGACUAGUAGUAUUCGAGAAUGGCAAACCCAAGGGCAGCACAGUCAAGAACGUGACUCCGCAGACUUAUGCCACUCUCUAUCAAGGCUUUGCCGAUGCUGUAGCUAGUGGCAGCGAAGAUGCUGUUCCAGUGAAGGCAAGUGAGGCUAGAGACGUUUUGAGAAUUAUUGAGGCAGCUAGGGAAAGUGCUAAGAGUGGAAAGACCAUUGCGCUGUAAGGCGGUCGAUUCCAGCUUUUGUUUCGGAUUGACGAGGAAAUAUUCUAGGAAUCUUUCAACUGUAUAUUUUGACAUGUUGUCUUCCUCUCUAUCUGUACAUGAUAUAAUAAUACACAGAGACAUAGGUUCAUAUGAACUUGAUAGUGGGAGAGUUCAUCGAUGUACUGUUUCCAUAUUACCCGUGGAAUGAACAGAUCGUAUGGUC